AUGAAGCCUGUCGCUAUUCUCUCCCUCAUUCCCGUGGUUGCCGCUUUCUGCCAUCAUGGAACCAGCCUCUUCAAGAAGGAUCAGCUAUUGAAAAGGGCUGACGGUACUUUUGGUUUUGACGGCCUGAACGGCCCCCUCAACUGGCACUCAAUCAGCUCUAGCAACUCUGCCUGUGCUCUCGGCAGAAGCCAGUCUCCCAUCAACGUCCAAGAGUCCAAUACCAAGCAGGUCCAGGGCUCAAACAUUACCUUCACCCCCGACCAGUAUCCCGAGGGCGGCGAGCUCGAGAAUCUCUUUGGUUUCCUUGAGGUUCGCGCAAAUGGUACCAUGAAAAAUCGUGGCAAGACUUACAAUUUACGCCAAUUCCACUUCCAUACUCCUAGUGAGCACCGAAUCAACGGCGAGCACUUCCCCCUCGAAGUUCACUUUGUUUGGGAGGCCGAGAUCGGAAACGGCUCAUCUGUUGCUGUCAUUGGCUUUCCUAUCGAGGUCGCAGAGACAUCCGAUCCUCUUCUGGCAGCUGUCUUCAAGAAUGUCGACAAGGUCACCGAGUUCGGAUCCCACGCUCCAACCGGAUCUCUGGACUUCACCACCCUUUCCGAACACGUCUCAAAGAACAUCAUCUACCAAUACACAGGAUCUCUCACCACCCCUCCUUGCACUGAGUCCAUUGCGUGGAGCAUUGUUGGACGCCCGAUUUACCUCGAUAUUGCGACCUACCUGAAGGCAAAGAGCAUUAUGAAGUACAACGCUCGAUAUACCCAAAACAGUCCCGGUGAAAUAAACAUGUUGGAGAACGCAUAUGAGAGCCUGAAACAGAUUAUCGAGAGUAGUCAAGAUCCCGUGGAAGAGAGUCCGUGCAAGAAGAACAAGAGUGGCAAGGGCGGGCGCAAAGACUAA